AAGCCAAGAUGAUAACAGAAGACAAGACUGCAGCGCUGCUCAAACCGAGAUGAAAACAUAAUUUAGUUGGUUUUCAGCUGUUUCUGUUCGCGUCUUCUUUAUUCAUUCAGGAAUUAAAGUUCCAAAGGAAGAGGAGACCAGCUGUCAGCCAAUAGAGCAACAUAAAUAAAGUAUUCAGAUAUUUUGAACUUUCAGGUGUUCAAAUGGGUCACCGCUUCUCCAGACGCAAGCUGGAUGGCACGGAGGACUUGUCCCCAGGUCGCUUCUCGGUCAGUGAAGAGGCUCCGCCGCAUUACUCCUCUUACAGCACCGGCAGUGAGACGGCUGUCAGCAUGGAAACGCCGACACGAAGGCCUUCAGAAGUUGUGAACUCAAGGCAGGACAAUAGACGACCUUCCAUAUACAGCACCAUGGAUGCCAUGCCGCAUCUCGAGUUUUAUGCCAACGCCACCGCCACGGGCCGCAUCCGCCGCAGCAGGCCAUCGCUGGAGACGCUGCGCAAGGCUGUUGAUGAUGCAGAAUCCGGCAGUAACACGGGAGACUCUGGUAGGGGAAGCGUGUCAGCGCUACAGGAGAGUGGAAACGAGUCCAAGGAAAACGGGGCAGGAGGAAAGACCGCCCAGCCGGUGCGCUUUGGAUGGGUCACCGGGGUUAUGGUUCGCUGUAUGCUGAAUAUCUGGGGAGUCAUUCUGUUCCUGCGAUUGUCCUGGAUCACAUCUCAAGCAGGAAUCCUUCUUACAUGGUUAAUCAUACUGAUGUCGGUCCUUGUGACCUCCAUAACGGCUCUGUCUGUAUCUGCCAUUUCCACCAAUGGAAGAGUCUCUUCUGGCGGCGCGUACUUCAUGAUCUCCCGUACUCUGGGUCCUGAGUUGGGGGGUCCCAUCGGUGUGGUGUUUUCUUUCGCCAAUGCUCUCGCUUGUGCGCUCAACACGGUGGGAUUUUCAGAGACUGUCAGAGAUCUUCUCAUUGAGUAUGACUCACAAAUUGUGGAUUCAAUCAAUGACGUCCGAAUUAUAGGAUCUAUCACAGUCACGGUGCUGCUUCUCAUAUCAUUGGCCGGGAUGGAGUGGGAAUCGAAGACUCAGAUCCUGUUCUUCUUGGUUCUUAUGGUUUCUUUCAUCAACUACUUUGUUGGCACUUUGAUUCCAGCGACUCCCCAGAAACAGUCCAUAGGCGUCUUCGGUUACCGCAGCGAGAUCUUCUUGGAGAACCUCUUCCCAGACUGGAGAGGGCCGGAGGGUGACUUCUUCCGAAUGUUUGCCAUCUUCUUCCCAUCUGCCAUUGGGAUCCUUGCUGGAGCAAACAUCUCAGGAGAUCUGAAGGAGCCUGAGAUUGCCAUCCCAAGAGGGACACUGAUGGCCAUUUUCUGGACCACCGUUAGCUAUUUAGCCAUUUCUUCAACUGUUGGUGCGUGUGUGCUGCGCGACGCCUCGGGGAACAUGAACGACAGUCUGCCGCUGAACUUCACCGAGGCGUGUGAGGGUCUGAGCUGCGGUCUGGGCUGGAACUUCACCGAGUGUCAGCAGAGCGGCACCUGCUCCUUCGGUCUCUCCAACAGCUUCCAGGUCUUGAUCCAGGUCUCUGGCUUUGGUCCGUUGAUCUAUGCGGGCAUAUUUGCGGCCACCCUGUCGUCUGCCCUUGCAUUCCUCGUCUCCGCACCCAAAGUCUUCCAGUGUCUCUGCAAAGACAACAUCUACCCGUACAUCGGCUUCUUUGCAAAGGGUUACGGGAAAAACAACGAGCCGCUGCGAGCGUAUCUGCUGUGUUACGUCAUUGCCAUGUGCUUCAUUCUGAUUGCUGAGCUGAACGUAAUCGCUCCUCUGAUCUCCAACUUCUUCCUCUGUUCUUACGCUCUCAUCAACUUCAGUUGUUUUCACGCUUCUAUCACUAAUUCACCCGGAUGGAGGCCAUCGUUUCGGUAUUUCAGCCCCUGGACGGGUUUGUUUGGUGCCGUUAUUUCUGUGGUCCUGAUGUUUCUGCUCACCUGGUGGGCGGCGCUCAUUGCUUUCGGUUUAAUCAUCUUCUUAUUUGGCUACGUCGUCUAUAAGAAACCCGAGGUGAACUGGGGGUCGUCUGUCCAGGCCAGUACCUACAACAUGGCUCUGUCCUACUCCGUGUCUCUAGCAGGAGUCGAAGAUCACGUCAAAAACUACAGGCCUCAGUGUCUGGUUCUGACAGGUCCUCCGACUCUGCGUCCAGCGCUGGUGGACUUUGUGGGCUCUUUCACUAAAAAUGUCAGUUUGAUGAUUUGUGGCGACAUUCUCAUGGUAAGAACCAAGUAUAUCUAGAUGGUUGAUUGGGUGAAUCAGAGGAAGGUUCGUUCCUUCUACACGUCUUUCAAGGCGUCCGAUCUGAGAGAAGGAGCUCGGCAUCUUCUGCAGGCUUCUGGUUUGGGGAAGUUGAAGCCGAAUAUACUGGUGAUGGGAUUCAAAAUGAACUGGCAGGAAAGCAGCAGUAAAGGCAUAGAGGACUAUAUCAACACCAUAUAUGAUGCUUUUGACUCCAACCACGGCGUGUGUGUUCUCCGCAUGAUGGACGGACUGGAUAUCCGAGACGAGUUAGAGACUGAGGUCAACCAGGCUUUUGAGGUGGACGAGGCCAUAGAGUCUGACGAUCAGAUUUCAGACGCUGACUCAGAUGUCGACAACAGAAAGAACACGGUGAACGAUCAGAUCAAAACCGUGUUCCAGAGCAAACAAGGGAAGAAGACCAUCGACGUGUACUGGAUCUCUGAUGACGGAGGUUUGACUCUGUUAGUGCCAUACUUGUUGACCAGAAGGAAACGCUGGAGACGGAGCAAAGUCAGAGUGUUCAUCAUUGGAGAACAGCAAACCAUGGAGAACGACCGCAAGGAAAUGAAGACUUUGCUCCAGCGUUUCCGGCUGGAUGUUCACGAUGUCAUUGUGAUGACGGACAGCGAAAGGCCACCACUUGCCAAAAACAUGAGGCGCUUUGAGGAAAUGCUCGCCCCCUUCAGGCUGAAUGAGGGACAGCUGGACGAGAGGACGGCGCAGCAGCAGAGGACAGAGUUUCCGUGGAAAGUCACGGACAAAGAGAUGGACGCACUGAGACUCAAGUCGGAGAAGAAAGUGCGGCUGAAUGAAAUCAUACGGAGGAAUUCGAAGUACGCCGCGCUGGUUCUAGUGUCUCUCCCCGUACCGCAGGCAGAUUGUCCCAGUUCUCUCUAUAUGUCCUGGCUGGACACGCUGAGCUGCGGUCUGCACUGUCCCGUCCUGCUCAUACGAGGAAACCAGCAGAACGUCAUGACCUUCUACUGCCAGUAAAACAGCCACGAGAUUUACUCACUUAAGACACUCAAGGAAAACUAUUUGGCUUGCUUCAUGUUUCAGAAUAGUGGAUGGAAAACAUUCAAAAUACACUUCAGUGCUUAUUUGCACUUUCUUUAUUUGUGUCUGUAGAUUUCAGUUUCAAUCCAUGUCUUUAAAGGCCAGUUUUUCAAAAUGAGUUUCUAUCUUAGCACUUAAAUUCUUAAGAUGUGUUCAUAUUAUUUGCCUGAUUUUUAUUAUUGCAGUUAAUGUCAUGUCUGUAGAUUUCAAUUGCAGUCCAUAUAUGUAAAGGCCAUUUUCUCCAAAUCAGUAUAUAUCUCCAUUUUAGCAGCACUUACAUCCAAUUACACAUUUUCAUGCCUGUCUAUAUUCUAAAGGAUUUUAUAGAAGGGUCUGAUUUUAUUGCACUUUAACUGUUUGUAUCUGUAGAUUUUAAAUGCAAUGCAUAUCUUUAAAGGCCAUGUUCUCCUCUUCAGCACCUACUUACAUCAUAUUUAACAGUUUUAUUCUUGUUUAUAUUCUGAAUGUUCAUAUAUCAUUCAUUAUACACAACAUUUUAAUCCUUACAACAUGUUGAAAUUGUCAAUGGGCUGUCAAUGGUAUUUCCUUUACAGAGUGAUAGAAAGACAAAUCCAAAAUCCCCCUCUCUAAACUUAGACCCCUCUUCAUAACUUAAGAUUUCAGAAAACUUAUAUGUGAAGUUGUUGCAUUUUGUUUGAUGUUUUGCAUUAAAAAUAUCUAAAAUAAAGUACAGCAGCCCCAAAACAUAUCUGGACACCUGUCACACUUGUUUCUGACAUUUUAACUAUGACUCUAGCUAUAUUUGAGGCCACUGUAAAUUUACUUUCAUAAUAUAUUAAGUCUUUAAUUGAUUGUGUUGUCUUAUUCUUUUGGCACAUUUAGCUCGUUCUAUGUAUUCUUGUAUUUCUAAUUUUUUGUUGUGAAUUCAUUUCUGUGUUAUGGUCUUGUUUGGUAAAAGGGAAGUUGCUGGAAAUAAUUAUAAUUGGGGAAAAUAUUUAAAUUAGUUUAUCUUGUUAAUGAUUCAUAUUUUUAUCAUUAUUUUUGAGCUUUGAGAAGGGGCAGCUGCAUACAGAAACAUACAAACACUCCAUUAAAUCUGUGUUUAUUUCAGCUGUAAUAUUCUGAUAUUAACAUAUGAUGUUUCUAUACUUGGUGUAAUGAGACAAUCAAUGAAGGUUGAGAUGUUCGUCAUUGUGCUUAAUUGUAUUUUUCACAUUGAAAAGCAGAUCAAAAAACUUGUAAUUCAUAAUAAUCUAGUGUUUAUUUACAGACAAGAUGUAUCGUUCUACAUUAAUUCAUUAUAAUGUUUUAGUCAAUGAAGUGUAAUUUUACAA